AUGGACAAGACUGACUAUCACGACAAAAUGGCACUUGUUAACGACAAACAGACUUACGAAGAACUCAAACGUGACCCGGCUCCUGCGCUUCAAUGCAAACUCAACAGCACAUUGCUGACACUCAAGAAGACAAACGCCAUUGACACCCAACGCUACUACCGACUAAGGUGCUCAGUACCACAGCCGCCGAAACUUUAUGGUCUGCCGAAACUACACAAACCUGGUUUCCCAAUGCGACCUAUUGUUUCCUUCUGUGGUUCUCCGACAUACCAACUGUCCAAGUACCUAACGACAAUACUACAACCGCUCACCGACAAAUCCAGACGAAAACUACAAUCCACCGAGGACUUCAUUAACGCCACUAAGACUGUACAGAUACCUGACGACUACAAACUAGUGUCAUUUGAUGUGAAAUCGCUUUUUACAAGUAUUCCACUUCAACUGGCACUACAAUGUACUGAGACUGCUAUCCUACAAUCUAGCGACCCUCUACCGCUACCGACAGAGGACAUUAUGGACUUACUAAACCUUUGCCUGACAUCAACUUACUUUCAUUGCAACGGCAAACACUACAAACAGUUAUACGGUACAACUAUGGGGUCUCCAGUUUCUGUUGUUGUAGCAGAAAUUGUGAUGCAGAACAUCAAGGAAAGCGCCCUUUCCACUUGCCGACAGACGAUACCACUUUGGUUACGCUACGUACGUACGAAGAUACUUUUACUGCCGUACGACACGACGAAAUCGACGCAUUCCACCACCGCCUUGACGAACAAAACACUGACAUACAGUUUAAUAGAGAGGUCGAAGAAAAUGUUAAACUACCUUUUCUAG